AUGGCACAGUUGGCAGAAACUUAUGGUAACAUCUAUACUUUGUGGUUCUCGUGGCACCCAGUGAUCAUACUGAAUGGGUACCAGGCUGUGAAGGAUGGCAUGACCACAUGCCCUGAAGAUGUUUCUGGGUGGAUGGUGGCUCCUUUCUUCAGAGCUAUGGGCAAAGGAAAAGGUAUUAUACUGGCAAAUGGUCACUCCUGGAAGCAGCAGAGACGCUUUGGGAUAAUGACUCUAUGCAAUCUGGGAAUGGGGAAAAAAAGCCUGGAGUAUCAAGAGCAAGAGGAAGCCUCUCACCUGGUGGAGGUCUUCAUGAACCUGAAAGACCCCGUGGAUCCUUCUUUCGCUCUUUUCCAUUCUAUUUCAAAUGUAAUUUGUGCACUGUUUUUUGGAUAUUACUUAUCUGAUGAGGACAAAACCUUUCAUGAACUGAUCAGUGCCACAGAGUAUUUAUUCAGAUUUGUAGGUAGCUUUAUUCAUCAGCUUGCAAUUCCCAUGUUACAAAAACAAUACAUACCUUCUCUGACAGGCUUACAGUUCAACUUCUGUCAGAGGCUUUUUGAGAAGGUGCAGAAGGAGUUGGAUGCUGUUUUGGGUCCUUCCCAGUUAGUUAGCUAUGAAGAUCGCAGAAAACUGCCCUACACAAACGCUGUGGUCCACGAGAUCCAGCGUUUCAGUAACAUUGUCUCUGUUGGCAUGCCCCUAAUAUGUGUGAGGAACACCACAUUGUUAGGAUUCCCUGUCAAAAAGGGUACUAUCAUUAUGCCAAAUAUAGCAUCUGUUCUGUAUGACCCUGUACAAUGGGAGACACCUCAACAGUUCAACCCUGGCCAUUUUCUGGAUAAAGAAGGAAACUUCAUGCCUCAAGAAGGCUUCUUACCAUUCUCAGCAGGGCACCAUGUGUGUUUGGGGGAGCAUCUAGCAAGGACCGAGCUCUUCAUCUUUGCCAACCUGCUGCGGGCCUUCACCUUCUGGCUGCCAGAGGGAGUGACAGAGAUCAGCAUGGAGCCCAUUCUGGGGGGCACACUGCAGCCCCACCCCUACAGGCUCUGCCAUUCCAUGCUAGGCUGCAGCAGAUCACAGACCAGCAGGAGGCAGCUGCCUGUACUUCAGUGA